AUGAAGGGCGACGUUGCUGUUCAGGACUGUCACGAGAUGCUGUCCAGCUAUACAAACUCGAGUGCUUGUGUUGCGCCCAAGAAUGCUGGGUGUAUCGAGAUUGAGGCUGGCGCCUGGGGCUGCGUCUUUGAGCAGAGGGGGGCUGAAACACCAGCUCCUACGAGUGCAAACAUGGACGUCCCCACGCCUGCUCCGACGAGGGCCAAGAUCGACGUCCCUACGCCUGCUCCGACGAGGGCCAAGAUCGACGUCCCUACGCCUGCUCCGACGAGGGCCGAGAUCGACGUCCCUACGCCUGGUCCGACGAGGGCCAAGAUCGACGUUCCCUACGCCUGCUCCGAACGAGGGCUGAGAUCGACGUUCCUACGCCUGCUCCUACCAGGACAAAUAUGGACGUCCCUACGCCUGCUCCCAACUAGGAUCAAGGUAGAUGUCCCUACGCCUGCUCCGACAGAGGGCCAAGAGAUCGACGUCCUACGCCUGCUCCGACGAGGGUUGCGAUCGACGUCCCUACGCCUGCUCCAACUAGGAUGGGGGAUUGUGGACGUUCCUACGCCUGUUCCGACCCGGGACCAGAAUGGGCGUCCCACGCCUGCUCGGACCGAGCAGACAGAGCAGCCAACUCCUGCCCCGACUUCUGGUGUCCGUGGAGGGUACGCGACGUACUGUACCGAGGGACCCAUUCGCAGCGGAUAUGGCGACUGGCCUGCUGGGUACAAUGUGCCCCAUGAAGGCGACAUUGCUGUUCAGGACUGUCACGAGAUGCUGUCCAGCUAUACAGCCCUGAGUGCUUGUGUUCGCCCAAGAAUGUUGGUGUAUCGGCAGAUUGGGACUGGCGCCUGGGGCUGCGUCUUUGAGCAAGAGGGGCUGAGACCAGUCUGA